AAAAUAAAAACAUUGAGGCACGCUUCAUUCUCAUCUUCAUCCCACAGUUUUCUUUUCACUUCCACUGAAUCAAACCUUUCUCUUUCCCACCGCCCUCUUUCUUCGCUACAAAACAAUCCCCCUCUUUCCCACAUAUAAACCUCCUUCCCAAUCCUCAAUCCCCCAAUUCCAAUCUCCAGACAUGUUCAUCCAAAUCCGUCAGGUCUGGGAUUUCAAUCUCGAUUACGAAUUCAAUCUCAUCAAUCACCUCUUCCAUCGAUUCCCUUUCAUUUCCAUGGACACUGAAUUCCCCGGCGUCGUCAUCCGCCCUGCUCUCCACCGCCCUCGUCUCCGCCCCUCCGAUCACUACCUUCUCCUCAAGUCCAACGUCGACGCUCUCAACCUAAUCCAAGUCGGCCUCACUCUCUCCGAUGCCGACGGUAACCUCCCCACCCUCGGCACCGACAACUGCUUCAUUUGGGAGUUCAAUUUCAGGGAUUUCGACGUCGUGCGUGACCUUCACGCGCCUGAUUCCAUCGAGCUCUUGAAACGCCAGGGUAUCGAUUUCGAACGCAACAGAAUUCACGGGGUUCCCUCCUCCCGGUUCGCCGAGUUGCUGAUGUCAUCCGGUCUUCUCUGUAACGACUCGGUCACUUGGGUCACCUUCCAUAGUGCCUACGACUUUGGCUACUUGGUCAAGAUCCUCACUCGGACCAAACUGCCCGCCCGCCUCCAUGACUUCUUGAAAAUUCUGAGGGGCUUGUUUGGGAACAAGGUUUAUGACGUCAAGCACAUGAUGCGGUUCUGUGAUGGUCUUUACGGCGGCUUGGACCGGGUUGCUAAGACUCUUGCUGUGGACCGGGCGGUUGGUAAAUCCCACCAGGCCGGUUCAGAUAGCUUGCUCACGUGGCAAGCUUUUCAGAAGAUGAGGGAUGUCUAUUUCUUUAAGGAUGGGCCGGAGAAGCACGCCGGCGUCUUGUAUGGAUUAGAAGUGUAUUAAAUUAACGUAUUAUAUAUAAAUAAAUAACAUUCAAUUUAUUGCUUAUUAUUUGA